CAUCAGCAUGGCGAGCAAGGAAAGUACACAGAGUUUUGUACUCUUAAAAAGAACAAAAUUUUCAUGCAUGGCAGUUAUGAGGAUUUUAUUUAUUGCAUGUAUUCAUGUGGCACAAUCAAACAAACAAGCUUUCAUCCAGUCAGAUACCAUUCUAGAGGUACUACAUUUUGGAGAAGGAGGCCUCUUGCAGACAGAGGCUGAUAUUGAUCUUAGCUCAUAUCAUCAAAAAAGUGGGCCCUCACAGCGGGGGAAUGGCAGGCCCAUACGCUUUGAGCCACCAAUGCUGGACUUCCAUGAGCAGCCAGUUGGGAUGCCAAAAAUGGAAAAAGUUUUCUUACACAAUCCUAGCUCAGAAGAAAUUAGUUUAAUAUCUAUAUCCGCUACAACGGCGCAUUUUCACGCAUCCUUUUUUCAGAAUAGGAUAAUUCCCCCGGGGGGCAACACUUCCUUUGACGUGGUGUUCCUCGCACGAGUAGUGGGGAAUGUAGAAAACACUUUAUUUAUUAAUACAUCUCAUCAUGGAAUGUUUACAUACCAGGUGUUUGGUGUGGGUAUACCUAAUCCCUACAGACUGCGACCCUUCAUAGGGGCCCGGGUGCCUGUGAACAGCAGCUUCUCUCCGCUUAUAAAUAUCCACAACCCACACAGCGAACCGCUGCAGGUUGUGGAGAUGUACUCUAGUGGCGGGGAUCUACAUCUAGAGCUGCCCACGGGCCAGCAGGGUGGCACCAAAACAUUAUGGGAGAUCCCCCCGUUUGAGACAAAGGGGGUAAUGAGGGCCAGCUUCUCCUCGCGAGACGCCGACAACCACACAGCUUUCAUCAGGAUCAAAACCAACUCCUCCAGUGAUGAUGAGUUUUUCAUCCUGCCCGUGGAGGUGGAGGUCACCUCAGCACCUGGUAUUUACUCCUCAACAGAGAUGCUGGACUUUGGUACUCUUCGGUCUCAAGAUCGACCAAAACGGCUGAAUUUACACCUUCUAAAUUCUGGCACAAAAGAUGUAACAAUUACAAGUGUGCGGCCGACACCAUCCAAUGAGGCAGUCGCAGUGGAGUUCAGACAGAUCACGCUGAAGGCAGCCGAGAGCCGAUACACCAAAGUCGCUACUAUCAGUUUCGAUGCAUCUAAAGCGCGGCGGCCGCUUCAGUUUACCGGCAAGAUAACAGUGAAGGCGAGAGAGAAGAGCUACUCCAAGCUUGAAAUUCCAUACCAGGCUGAAGUCUUAGAGGGGUACCUGGGCUUUGAUCACACAGCCACCCUGUUCCACAUUAGAGACAGCCCAGUAGACCCGGUGGACAAGCCCAUCUACCUCACCAACACCUUCAGCUUCUCCAUCCGCAUCCACAACGUGUCUCUGCCUGCCGAGGCCAAGACCAUGUUCAACGUGCACAACUUCAGCAACCCGGUCCUAGUGCCCCCCCAGCAGUCCCGCUACAUCUUCAGCCUCCUCUUCCGGCCGGUCAGGUCCUCUGUCCACAUCGACAGCAACAUCCUCCUCAUCACCAACGCCUCCAAGUUCCACCUGCCUGUACGGGCCUACACAGGCUUCAUGGAGCCGCUGGUGCUGCCCCCUAGCCUUAAGGAGCACGCGUUGGACUUUGGGAUCCUAAGCGCCAAAGACACAAGAAGCUUGGUGUUAGUAGUCAUCAACAGCAAUCCCAUAGAACUGGAGAUAAAGUCGUGGCUGGUGACGGGGGAGAGCAUGUCUAUGGAGCUGCUGCUGACUGAGAGGGGCAACAGGACUGAGGCUGUGAAUCGCCUCGCUGAGCUCCAGAACGCCUCAGCAACACACCACAGAGCAGUUAUACUGGCCUCUGGCUACUAUGCAGCAUUCCGGGUCACACUGGUGGCCAAAGCCCUGGAGGGUGUGUACGACGGAGCGGCUCAUAUUACCACAGACUAUGAGAUAUUGACCGUUCCAGUUAAAGCACUCAUAGCAGUGGGGACGCUGACCAGCUCACCCAAACACAUCAUUUUACCACCCUCCUUUCCGGGUAAAGUGGUUCACCAAGGCUUGAGCAUCCUCAGCUCCUUCUCACAGCGGGUAAAGCUGCAGCUGCCGGUGCGCUCGCUCGGCGAGGACGCCCGCUUCUACGCCAAACGCCUGCGCAGCAGCAAGGACGAGCUGGAGCCCAAGCGCAAGUCCAAGGUAGCAAAUAUUUAUUUUGACGCCAGUUUGCAGUGUGGAGACCACUGUUACGUGGGAGUACCAUUUAUAUUCAAACUGGAGUCUAGACCUCAUGGCUUAGCUAUGCAGGAGGACAUCUGGGACGCCGAUGUCGAUUUGCACCAGAAACUCCUCAAAAGGUGGCGGGAGCUGAAAGAACAAUCAGGGCUUGAGGUUGAAGCCAUCUUUGAAGUAAACACAGACCUUCAGAAGAACGUGCAGACCAGAGUCACUGCACAGCUGACGUGGCCCUCGCUAGUCAACUCCUCUAAGCACAUCUACUUUCCCCUGACCAACACCAACAGCUCAUCGGAGGAGGAGGUGGUGUUGGAGAACCCCACCGAUGUGCCCGUCUACGUGCAGGUGCUGCCUCUGGCCAUGUACCCCAGUCCCUCUGUGUUCACCGGGAAAUUAGCCGACAGGCUUCCACUGGGGAACCUGUCCAAUAUUAACAUCAAUACAAACACACUGGAAUUCCAGGUCCACCAAAAUCACUCCUCUGUGACAAAGACUAGGACGGGGUUUCUAGAAGGUUCCACACAACCCUUCGUCUACAACCUCCUGUUGAUGCCUGGAGAAGUUACUUCCUUCACAGUGAAGUUCACUCCCUCCAGGAACCACAGCGUCUCUUCACUCCUGGUCGUCAGGAACAACCUGACGGUGGUGGAUCUGGUGAUGGUUCAUGGCCAGGGCGCUAGCGAGAGCCUGAAGCUGGCGGGGAAGGCUCCAGGGCCCAGCAGCUCGCUCCGGUUCAAGAUGACCGAAGCGCUGCUCAAAGACUGUGAAAUUAAAGCCAAGGAGCCCAACUUUUCGCUGCGCAGGACCUUCCGCCUGGAGAACAGCGGCCAGCUGCCCAUCCACAUCCGCUCCGUAGCCAUCAGCGGCCAGGCCUGCGAGGGCUACGGCUUCAAAGUCCUCAACUGUCAAGAAUUUGCACUCAAACCAAACGCUUCAAAAGACCUCGUCAUACUGUUUACACCGGACUUCACGUUGUCACGGGUGAUCCGGCAGCUGAAGCUGGUGUCGGCCGGGGGGUCAGAGUUCACUUUCGUGCUGAACGCCUCGCUGCCCUACCACAUGCUGGCCGUGUGCACGGACGUGCUUCCCCGGCCCAACUGGGAGCUGGAGCUCUACAUCAUCGUCUCCCUCAUGAUGAGCUUCAUGUUCCUGUUGGUCAUUGGCACAGCCUACCUAGAGGCCCAGGGCAUCUGGCAGCCGUUCAAGAAGCGCCUGUCUGUGGAAUCCAGCUCUCCCAUGGAUACAGGGAGGCCAUUUGAUCUCAGGGAUAUUGUGCGAAUCGACGCAAACUUGAAUGAUUACAGUGAUGUGAACCAGAACUCGACCAGGGGAAUGUACGGGUCUGGAGGGGGUGGGUGUCGGUCCGGCGGCCGGCAGAGCAUGCCACAAGCUAACGGACGGGCCUCAGCAGAGCCCAGUGAGGCCCGGUUCCGAUCGGGCACGAACCGCUCAGCAGCUAUGCAAUCUUCCUCCUCCUCCUCCUCCACUACCUCCUCCUCCUCCUCCUCCUCUGCCAAGGAGAGCAGCCUGAGCCAGCUGACCAACCGUAAGGCACGGAGCUCCAGUAAGCAGCAGCAGCAGUCACAGCCUCUGGUGCACAGCCUGGUGGAGGAGUCAAACACAGCCACGCCGGCCUCCAGGGGCCUCUCCUCAGAAGACCAGGACUACGACAGGCUCCUGGUGGCCAUGGAGGGAGACCUGGACCGGCCCGAGUCCCCCUCCGCAGAGCCAAGCUCACACCAGUCCUCACAAAACAAAGUUUUGGAAACCAAAGGGAAAGUUCGGAGCAAAACAAAAGGUCAGAAAAAGAGGGAGGAGAAGGAGCGAAAAGCAAAGGGAAAGACUCCCGGAGAUGAUCCGAAGGAGGCGCUAGCUGACAACGACGACAGCUCCUCAACCACCACAGAAACCUCAAACCCCGACAUGGAGGCCAAUAUCAAAGAGGAGCCGGUUAAAAAGAAAGGCCGAACGACCGUGAACCAGGACAAAGACAAAGAAGAAGCACCUGCUUCACCCCCCAAACCCAAAAACAAAAAACCAACAGCAGUCAAGAAGGAGACUCCAACUGAUAGAUCUAGCUCCCUGGAGCUCCCCUACGUCACGCCUCUGGAAAAUAAACAACGCAAGACCUUCACCCCCAAAGCCCUGAUGCAGUCGACCCUCAGCGUCAUCCCUAAACCAAGACCCCUCCAGAAACAGAGACCGGCUGGUGGGAGGACAGAAGAUGCUCGCCCAUCUCCCCUCACCAAGUUCUUCUCCAACGGCUCCCUGCAGGAGCUGGGCCACAGUAGUGGUUCCGAGGGAGAGAAGGAGUCCCCCCCGCCUGAAUGGGACAUUCCAGUUAACAAAGCCAUUAACCAAGCAGAUAGCCUCCAGCAGAUCUCCCUGCAGACUAUGAAUGCAGACCCCUUCCUGAAGAGGUCCUUCUCCAGCACCUGCUCCCCUCCCCUGCCAGCCUCCCCCUGUCGGGUCCCCCGAGGCUCGUACAGCAGCGUGCUCUUCGCUAACAGCGACGCAAACUUAAAGAAAGCCCCAGGCAACAUGCUGACAAAGUCCACCUCCCAGCCGGGCAAAAAUGGCAACCCCACGUUUGCUGCCGUGGCGGCAGGAUAUGACAAAAGUCCAGGUGGCAGUGGUGCAGGGAAGCCUGAUGGCUUGGGAAGGGUUCCUCUACCUCACUUCACCUCUAUGGAGAGCAACAGUUCAGAAAGCUCUGGAUUAUGGAGCCCGACGGAAAGCAUUAGUAGCCCAGGUUUCAACUCUACCAACUCCUUCUCUGCAUUCGGACCCAACAACCCACUCUCUGGAGUGUUCACCGGUAUAGCCUUACCAAGGAGCUCUGAGCCCCAGCAGAGUUGGCCUGAUUACCCCCCCGUGUCUCCCUCCAUCUGGGAGAGUGAUCCAGUGAGCCCCUGGCCCACCAGCACCACCACCACCACCGGCUCCUCCAGUGCACCCACCACAUCCAUCCUGGGCCCCAGCCGCAACCCCUGGGCCACCACGGCCCCCUUCAGCAACUCCAUCUGGUCCACCAGCGGCGACCCCACCCUGCACUCCUUCGCCCCCUCCACCUCCUCCGCCCUCCCCAACCUGGUAAGCCACGCGGCGCCCCCCACGCCCGCCCCCACCGAGCUGAGCCGCACUUACAACCCCUGGAACAUGUGGCCGCCCUCCCUAAGCCGAUGGAACUCCGACCCCUGGCCAAGCAACCCGGACAACAACGGCAACUGACCUCCCCGGCACCGGCCACCCCUCAACCAUGACACGCCAUGUCUCUGGACUGUGUUUCAUGACCAUGAUCUUGUUUUUAAAGUACUUCAUAAAAGGAGAAACGGAAACCUGUUUUUAAUUAAACCUGAGAAGUAUGGGGAACAACAGUUUCAAUACAUUUCUCUAAUCAGAUUGUUUUCAAUUUUUUUUUUUUUAUCAUUCCAGAAUUAUAUGCUACCACAAUUCAGCAUUAUUUUACCAGAGGGAACCCAACAUUUUAAAAAAGAGAGUUAUCAAAGAACAAUAUUGCCCUUGUAGGGAUGGUUUUCGUUUCGAUUUUUUUUAAUAAUUUCUCUCUCAGUUUGGUUUAGGAGAAUAUCAUGUGACAGUAUUACUGUAUGGCAUAGGAUGCAGUAUUAAUGUUUGAAAGAAGCCACCCCCAUGCUUUCUCAAGUGCGUAAUUCUGGUUCCAUUCAUUUUUAAAGUUUGUUUUGACCAUCAUGUUGACUCCUUGCAUAAAGGCGAAUGGAGAUGGUUAUAAUCCUGUAUGUUUCAGUCAGGUCUCAUCAACUGUUAUCCUAGACUCUCAAGGCCAAAUCAUGCAUCUGUUAAAAUUGUAAUGGUAUGUUCUUCAAAUUAUUAUUUAAUUUUUUUUUAAAUUGGCUUUUAUUUUUGUGAAGGCAAAAGGGAGACUUGAAUUAUGUUUGAAAUUGUGUACUGUAUGGUGCAUACAGUUCGUUGUCGUCUCGAGUGGAAGUAGAAAGAAACAGUCUCUGGAAAUAAAAACAUAUCAGACUGA